AUGCCGCUCCGCCUUGACUCGCUGGUCCCAGAAGGCGCCGGGUUUCCCAAGAUGGCGGCCGACGUGUCCGUUACUCACCGGCCCCCGCUGAGUCCGGAGCCCGGGGCCGAAGUAGAAGCUCCUGAUACUGCGGAACGCCGGGCACCCGAGGAAGAGCUGCCGCCUCUAGAUCCGGAAGAGAUCCAGAAACGCCUGGAACACACCGAGCGCCAGUUCCGUAACCGCCGUAAGAUACUGAUCCGAGGCCUCCCGGGGGACGUGACCAACCAGGAAGUACACGACCUACUCAGCGACUAUGAGCUCAAGUACUGUUUUGUGGACAAAUACAAAGGGACAGCCUUCGUGACCCUGCUGAACGGCGAGCAGGCCGAGGCGGCCAUCGGCGCCUUCCACCAGAGCCACCUGCGGGAGCGGGAGCUGUCGGUGCAGCUGCAGCCCACCGACGCCCUGCUGUGCGUGGCCAACCUGCCCCCCAGCCUGACGCAGGCGCAGUUCGAGGAGCUGGUGCGGCCCUUCGGCAGCCUGGAGCGCUGCUUCCUGGUGUACAGCGAGCGCACCGGCCACUCCAAGGGCUACGGCUUCGCCGAGUACAUGAAGAAGGACUCGGCCGCGCGCGCCAAGUCGGACCUGCUGGGCAAGCCGCUGGGCCCGCGCACGCUCUACGUGCACUGGACGGACGCGGGCCAGCUCACGCCCGCCCUGCUCCACUCGCGCUGCCUCUGCGUCGAUCGCCUGCCGCCGGGCUUCAGCGACGUGGACGCCCUGCGCCGGGCGCUGUCCGCCGUGCACACACCCACCUUCUGCCAGCUCGCGUGCGGCCAGGAUGGACAGCUGAAGGGCUUCGCCGUGCUGGAGUACGAGACGGCCGAGAUGGCGGAGGAGGCCCAGCAGCGGGCUGACGGCCUGGCCCUGGGCGGCAGUCACCUGCGCGUGUCCUUCUGUGCCCCCGGUCCCCCAGGCCGCAGCAUGCUGGCCGCACUCAUCGCUGCCCAGGCCACGGCCCUCAAUCGGGGCAAGGGGCUGCUGCCGGAGCCCAACAUCCUCCAGCUGCUCAGCAACCUGGGCCCAUCCGCCUCCCUCCAGCUGCUGCUCAACCCCCUACUCCAGGGUGGCGCCGGCGGCAAGCAGGGCCUCCUGGGAGCCCCCCCAGCCAUGCCUCUGCUCAGCGGGCCCGCCCUGUCCACAGCGCUGCUGCAGCUGGCCCUGCAGACCCAGAGCCAGAGCCAGGCUCAGAAGAAGCCGGGCAUUCUGGGAGACUCACCCCUGGGCACCCUCCAGCCGGGCACCCAGACGGCCAGCCCUCUCCUUGGGGAGCUGUCUGCAGGGGGAAAUCUGCCCUCAGAGCUGCUGCCCGGACGGGGCAAACCACCCCCCCUGCUGCCACCGCUGCUGGGCCCCUCUGCGGGCGACCGGGACACCAUGGGUCUGGGUCCCCCGGCCGCCCAGCUCACCCCACCUCCUGCCCCUGUGGGGCUCCGUGGCCAAGGAGUCAGAGGCCUGCAGAAGGACAGCGGGGCCCUGCCUGCGCCCACUGGGGUGUCGCUGCUGGGGGAGCCCCCCAAGGACUAUCGGAUCCCCCUGAACCCUUACCUGAACCUCCACAGCUUGCUUCCUGCCAGCAACCUGGCAGGGAGUGAGGCCCGGGGCUGGGGAGGUGGCAACCGAGUCCGCCGCCCACCCGAGGCCCCCACACCCCCUCCCCGGAGCGCGGGGGGAGGGGGCAGCAGCAAAGCUUUUCCACCCAAGUCCCGCCUGCUCAGCCCCCUCUCCAGCUCCCAGUUACCCCCUGAACCAGGGCUGCCUGACAGCUUUGGCUUCGACUACCCUUCGGACGUGGGACCUCGCCGGCUCUUCCCCCACGCACGGGAGCCAGCCCUGGGGGCUCACAGACCCAGCCGGCACAAGAUGUCCCCCCCACCCAGUGGCUAUGGAGAUCGGAGUGGCGGAGGAGGCGGGGCCCCUCUUUCACACUUCUACUCGGGCUCCCCGACUUCCUACUUCACCAGCGGCCUGCAGGCCGGCCUCAAACAGAGCCACCUCAGCAAGGCUGUUGGAUCCUCCCCGCUGGGCUCCAGUGAGGGGCUCCUGGGCCUUGGGCCUGGGCCCAAUGGCCAUAGCCCCCUGUUGAAGACCCCGCUGGGCGGCCAGAAGCGUAGCUUUGCCCACCUGCUGCCCUCGCCCGAGCCCAGCCCCGAGGGCAGCUACGUGGGCCAGCACUCGCAGGGCCUCGGCGGCCACUAUGCAGACUCCUACCUGAAGCGGAAGCGGAUUUUCUAAGGGGCCUCCCCCGCAGCACAGCGCUUUGGGGGGGGUUCCUGGGUUUUAUGGGAUGUCCCUCCCCCUUCCUUCCCCCCCCAAUUUUCUUUCAGUACUAAGAGAAAUCUCGGGAAAGACUUUGCUGACCAAGGAACUGGAGCCCAAGGAAAAAAGAGGGCUUUGGGAGCCCCCCCCCCAUGUCCGGGCCUGCUCUCAUGCGCAGAAACCUGCAGCCUUAAGAGAGAGGCACCCGCCUGCCCUCUCCUUCCCUGGGCCCUUCCUCCCACGCCCGCCCGGCUCUCAGGGGUCCCCCGCCCUCCUCGCCUCAUCACUCCUGUGUUUUGGCCUUUCCAGUGCCUUGGAGGCCCCUGACCUCCCGCGAGGAUCAGAGACUGUCUGGCCUUUUUUAACUUUUGACAAUGGACUUUGGUUUUCUUUUAUAAUUUUUAUGAUUCCUUUUUUGUUUUUUAACC